ACGUACUUCCCGGAAGUGCAGCGGGGACACAGGCCCCAUCGAUUCAACACAACUGCACACAUAAGCAUUUACUAAUAAUAAAGCUCUGUUUGUAUGUCAUUUUCAUGGAGUACAACCGAUAACACAUAUGGAGUGUCAAGAGGAGAAGCCGAUUAUCUACACUAUGGAAAACAAGCCGAUCGUGACAUGUGCUGGAGAUCAGAGCUUGUUUACCUCUCUUUAUACCUCAUUGGCCCAACAACUUCCCAGAGAGCCAAUGGAGUGGAGGAGGACGUACGGCCGUGCACCAAAAAUGAUCCACCUUGAAGCUAAUUUCGUCCAGUUUAAAGAGGAGCUGCUCCCAAAGGAGGGCAACAAAGCGCUCCUCACCUUCCCCUUCCUCCACAUCUACUGGACUGACUGCUGUGACACGGAGGUGUAUAAGACCUCGGUGAAGGAGGACAUGUUGCGCUGGCAGAACAGUUUGCGGACUCACGGCUCUGCAGACUGGGUCAUCAUUGUCGUUGAGACCAAUGACACGAAGAAGAAGAACAAGACCAACAUCCUGCCCAGGUCGUCCAUCGUGGACAAAAUCCGCAGUGAUUUCUGCAACAAGCAGAACGACAGGUGUGUGGUGCUGUCAGAUCCUCUGAAGGACUCGUCGCGCUCUCAGGAAUCUUGGAAUUCUUUGUUGCUCAAACUGCGGACUCUCCUCCUCAUGUCCUUCACAAAGAACCUCGGCCGCUUUGAAGAUGACAUGAGGACGCUCCGAGAGAAACGCACCCAGCCGGGCUGGAGCUUCUGUGAAUACUUCAUGGUCCAGGAGGAGCUGGCCUUUGUCUUUGAGAUGCUGCAGCAGUUUGAAGAUGCUUUGGUCCAGUACGAUGAACUAGAUGCUCUUUUUACCCAAUAUGUCCUUAACUUUGGGGCUGGAGAUACAGCAAACUGGCUCGGCUCGUUCUGCGCCCCAGUGCGCAGCUGGAGUGGCCUGCUGCUCCGGCGGCCCAUCGACAUGGAGAAGAGGGACGGGAUCCAGCGAGGGGAGGCCAGUCUGUUAGAUCUGAGGAGCUAUCUGUUCUCCCGCCAGUGCACCUUACUCAUCUUCCUCCUGAGGCCGUGGGAGGUCACACAGAGAGCCCUGGAGCUGCUGCACAACUGUGUACAGGAGCUUCGCCUUUUGGAGGUGUCAGUUCUAGAGGGAGCUCUGGAUUGCUGGGUGUUUCUGAGCUGUCUGGAGGUUCUGCACAGGAUCGAGGGAUGCUGUGAUCAGGCCCAGCUGGCUGCAAACUGCUCUCAUACUGUCGGGCUGUGGGCCUAUGCUACUGACAAGCUGAAGUGUCUGGGUGAACUCUGUGGCCUGGUGUCAGAGAAGGAGCCCACAUCUGAUGACCUGAACAGGACUGUGGAUCUGCUGGCCGGACUGGGAGAUGAGAGACCUGAGACGGUCAACAGUUUGCAGAGCCCUUACAAGAAGCUGAAGGAAGCCCUGUCCUCUGUGGAAGCUUUUGAGAGGCACUAUCUUGAGCUGUCUCACGCUGCGAUGGAGAUGUACAGAGCCAUUGGCAGGCUGAGGUCUGCCAGAUUAGUGGGGAAAAGCCUGGCUGAGUUCUACAUGAGAAAGGGAGACCCCGAGCGAGCAGAAACCUACUUACAGGAAGCUCUGAAGUCGUACGUGUCAGAGGGAUGGAGCCUCCCCGUCACUCACACCAGGAAACAGAUCGCUGAGUGUCAGAAGCUGCUGGGCAGAACUGAAGACUACUUACAGACCAGUGCCUUGUUGGCUGGUGAUGCGAAUCUGACCACAGAGGAGAGGAAGCACUUUUGCCAAGAAAUCCUGAGCUUUGCUGGGAAGUCUGGAGAUCCUGCUCAGAACGUGACCCUCAGUCUGGGAGUUUUCGCUCAGCUCACACGGCUUCAGUUCCGUCCGGCCACGGCCUCUGUGCACUCUGGCGCUGUGCUGCAGGUGGAGCUCACUCUGCGGUGCUUGAUGCCUGUUUCAGUGAGAAUGCAGCAGCUAGCUGCGAGUAUUCACUUUGACCUGGAGCGUGGAGGGACUAACGGGAGGUCAAAGGGAACUCAGAGGCUCACAAACCCAGGGACAGUGGAGUUUAUCCAGGCUAACUCAUCCGCAGGUCCCCCCUCUUCCUUGGUUUGUCCCCCUUUAGAGUUGGACGAGAUUCAGGACAGGAGUCCCUCGGACAAUUCCCUAAACUCUACAGGAGUGGUGUGUAAAAACACUCACCUGCUCAUGCGUCGACAUGACAGCAACUCGCCACCGGACACGCCUAACUGUGUCAGCCCUCCGGCUGUGGCCAUGAAGGAAGGAGCGCAGAUGCUGAAAGUGCAGGAUGUGACGUUAGAGCCUGGGAACAACAGCAUCGUCUUCACAGCACCGAGUGGACAACCAGGCACUUACACUCUGCGUCAGCUGUUUGCCACAGUGGGUCAGGUGCAGUUUGUGCUGCCUCAUAUCUACCCAUCAGUCCAGUAUGAAGUCUAUUCUCAGGAGCCCCAGCUCACUGUGGAGCCUCUCUUAGAGCCCCUGUUGGCCGGUCUGCCUCAGAUGGUGAAGUUCACUCUGCUGACGGGUCACUAUGCUGUGAAGAAAGGAGACGCUCUGCAGCUCAGCAACACCGACACCAUGCCCAUCCUGCCCUCCACCAGCUGCAACGCACGCAUUAGCAACCCUGCUGCUGAGCUGGUGGGUGAGAGCGUCCUGUCCAUCCAGUCCUCUGAGAAGGUGACCAGCAUCAGCCUGCCCGCCUGCGAGCCCUACCACACUCUGGAGUUCCAGCUGGAGGUUCACUGCAUCAUCCCGUCCGGGGCCGACCGGCCGCCUAACGAGAGGCUGACCAACGGGGAGGUCCGCCAUCGACCACGCAGCUACAGUCACCCUGACACACCCAUGACCGCCAUUGACCAGAGGAUGUCCAUCGACUGCCCGUGGUCGAUCUACUCCACGCUGCUCGCUCUCACCUUCUACAUCCCAUUUAAGACCAAACACUCGCUGCUCUCUGCUGAUAACAGGAAGUACAUCCAGGUGUGUGUGCAGAACGUGUCGGAUGUGAGCUUCACGCUGGCUGAAGUGAAGCUGACAGAGAAGCAGAACGAGUCACUGGAGCUGCAGUCCCUCAACACUAAAACACAGCAGCUGUUGUGCAGUAAGCACAGUGUGUUCUGUCUGUGGGAGGUGAGGUGGAAGGACGACCUGCCCUCAUGUCUGCAGUGUGUUUUCUCUGCAAACUUCUCUCCGCUCAACCAAGAUGUCUCCGCCUUCAAACCUUUCCACUACCAGUUUCAGCUCGAGAGAGUCACUACGCUGUACAGUGUGAAAGCGGAGAUCUUUCCUCCUCCUGGAGAGCAGAACUGUCGCUCUGGCCUCCUCUGUGGGCUGGAGAUGUGUAUAACACGACUGACUGAACCUGGAGAGGGAGAGAUCUCAGAGGACAGCAAGACAGACACUGAUGGUCUCAAAACCACCAAACUCAUGUAUGAAGUGGCUGACAGCAGCAGUAACUGGGCGGUGUGUGGGAAGAGUUCAGGGAUGGUGUCGAUGCCCAUGACAGCGAGCGCAACCCACAAGGUGCAGAUCGAGGUGAUGCCUCUGUUUGCUGGACACCUGCCCUUCCCCAAGAUCAAAGUGUUAAAGUACCUGCCUCACACUGCAGCUGUGGCCCCCCAACAAGACCCUGACAGCUGCGUAGAAAACGACAGCCUGUCCCUGCUGGACAAGACGCUGGACGACCAGGCGGACACAGCCAGCAUCCGCAGCCGGGGCAGCGUGCACUCUGUGGGCAGCGGCGACCAGCAGCAGAGGGGCGUAGCCAUGCCGCGCCUGGAGCCCUUCAGCCCCGGUCAGGUGUUCAACCACAGCAACACACGGCAGGUCCUGGUGCUGCCUGCCACCGAUGACCACAUCAUGGAGGUCAACGCGACAUGACCCUGGUGGGUAAAACAACAACCCCCUUCUUACAGCACUGAACUCAAAACCUGGACGGACUCAGCUGAGCUUUUACUCCGGGGUGAAUCGGGUCCAUGAGUCCACGUGGAAGACCGGACUCCUCCCUAAGCAUGAAACGUUCACAUCACUGGAGACAUUACAGACUGGCACAGUGAAGAGCCAAUGACAUCCGCAGAUAAGAUUUAAAUAAAGAAUUUUCUUUGCCAUAUGUUGUACAAAGCUCAUUGGAUGGAUUUAUAGUUAUAAAUACAUAAAUAUAUGAAUAUAUAUGGACUGAUGGAUCAGAUGGGCGCCUGUUGUGCUCGUCUGAGCUGAAGAAAACAGUCCUGAUUGUCCCAUGAUGCACCAAAGCCCUACAUGUGUACGCCUCGAUCAGCUACUGAAGUACUGUAACCAUGACAGAGUGUGUCCUGCUGUACGUGCUGUUCCUGAGCCUCUCAGGUCAUCACGGCGUCUUUUAUUUGAGACUUUUGCCUCAACGCUAAUGUUUGAGUCGUGAAAAUAAGCAGCUGCUUCCACAAAAUAGAUUUUACAGAAGUCAAACCAGGAAGAAUAAAACACCUCAAUCCACAGCUUGAGACUUGAGACUCCUCCGUCCUGUCAGAAUAUUUAUCCUCUCUGGUGGAUGCUGAAAAUGAUUCACUUAAACUGACUUCAUAAUAUGAGUCUGAUAAUGGUGCAAACACAUAGCAGCCCUCUAUCUCCUCCCUGUUGUAAAGAAAUGAAGCCAAAAUACCACCAAGAUGAAACUGACGUAUUACUCUGGUGGUGUAUUUUGCAGACAGCCACCAGGGGGAGCUCUAAAAGUUUCCACUUCACUUUGGAGCUGAUAUUUGUGGUCGCCAUCUUUGUUUUGGGGAACAGAAGUGCACCCUAGAGGUCUAAAUUUAACUUUUCUCUGCAGGGGAGAAAAUAUUUUGGUGCUCAUGUUUGAUUAUUUGUGAUCUUUAAUAAUGCCUCUCACUCAUUGGUCCCUUUCACAUCCCAAGCUGAGAGUUGAGAGCACUGUAAAGUGUCUGCGUGGUGUUGAUGUAGCUCUGGCAACUGUAUGUAUUUUUGACAUCAGCGUAAAAAACAGUUGCAGAGACAAAAUUAACACAAAGGUUUUGAGCUGCAUUUAUUCUUGAAAGGACAAAUGAUCAGUUUCAGGGAUCAUUUCAAGAAUAUUCUUAAAGUUCAUAAACGACCACCUCUCACAAAAUCUAAGGAAGAUCAAAAAAUGUUACUAUCCCUGCACAGAACGGUAUCAAAUAAAGGAAAUAAAGUGAUAAUAUGCAUACAUUAUCAACAAAAAUUAAAGCUUAGUUUUGUACCUGCAGGACAGACAAACCUUUGAUGAUCACAAAGUUGUGACUUUUAAACCUGCGACUUAUUUUCUGACUUCAAACAGCACAAAGUUCUCCAAUAGAAAGCUGUGAUCUCAUGAGAGGCUCAGCCUGAGUGUAGCAGUGUGUGUCACGUGUGUAUCUGUUCUGCUGUAGUUCUGUGAAUGUGUGAGGGUCUGUAUGUAUGUGUGUGUGUGUGUGUGUAAGAGUGUGUGUGUGACUUUUAAACAAGGAUCAGCCAAUGCACAUUAAUGUCUAUCUAUUGUCUGACCCUUCAGUGGAUUGUGCAUAAUACAGUGUGUGUAUAUUUAUUGAGUGUGUGUGAGGUGUGUGUGCGUCGCCAAAUCUGUGUCCCGAGCUAUGCACACAUGCUGUUAGUUAGGUGUGGAAUAAAUGAGUGGAAUAAAUCAUCACUGGAUUUAUUUAUUCAUUUAUUGAGAAGAAUGAUUGUCAGCUACUUCUGCCCCCCCCUCCCCUCCCCUCCUCUGCUCCACCCUCCUGCUCCUCCUCGACCACUGUACAUACUGAUCUGUAAAUAAUGAUUCAAAUCAAAAUCAUCUUUGAUUGCCAACUAUAUUAAAAAAUCAUUGGAACUGA